GUGCGCGCGUCCCGUGCGUCAGAUCCGAGGAGCGGAUCCGCGCGCGUUACCGGAGUAAUCCCGCGAUUCGGAGCCUCAGAAGAUCCGGGUCCGUGUCACCGAGGGUCUUACGUCAUGCUCCGGUAGGAUCUGGAUUAUUAAUGAGGAUGAAGAUGGAGGAUCUGCCGGACUUAAGAGACGUGGAGAACAAGAUGGGUCGGAAAGUUCCGGAAAGUUUGAUUCGUUCAUUCGCGGGCGAACCGUUCAGAGGCUCGGAAACCCGCGAGCGAACCGAUGAUCUAAAGACGCUCCACAACAAGAUCAGCUUCCUGCGGCAACAGAUGGCUCAUCUGCGCUCCAUCGAUGUCACACUGAUGCGUCAGCUGCUGUCCAUCAACGAGGGCAUCGAGUCGCUCCGCUGGGUGCUGGAGGAGCGCGGGGGCGGGGCCAGCCGCGGGGGCAGCGUGACGGACAGCUUGUGCAGCCUAUCAGACGGAGCGGAGUCAGAGCGCGGCUCCUGCAGUGACGGACUGGACGGGAUCUCGCUGGGCAGUUAUCUGGACACGCUCGAGGACGAGGAGCUCGACCGCCGCUCACCCGCGGAGCAGGACACGCUCGCCAAACCUCCGCUGCGGCCCCGUGUGGAAACUGAUGAGUACUACUGCUUCGGCUGAU